AUGGCCACGAACAAAGAUAUCGAAGCGAACCGAUUAGAGCCAUCAUCUCCGGCACCGCCUUACUCUUCGGAACCACAACCUGGUGCCACAGCCAUACCCCAUCAAGAUGUUGAACUACCUACAUAUCAACAGGCUUUACAUGAUCCUACAGGUCCCCCACCCUCCUAUGAUUCCUUAUUUGGUCGUGUGAAAGAGGCUAAGGCCAAGUCAAGUGGAGUUUUGGAUUUUUUGAUGAAAGUCUUGGAGACGUUGGUCAGUACAUUGUGUUUCACUAUAUUAUUGGGUAUUAUAUUUGCUAUACCAAUUGCUAUGAUCUGUAUGGGUUCCAUACAUCUGGAAGAUUGCCCCAGAGAAAGAUUUAUACCUAUAUACCUGAUAGUAGCAGGAGCAUUUGGCGCCUUCAGGAAUCUAGUGAGUUUUGUUCCGAGGCUGUGUAAGUCUGAUGAUGAAGAAGAAACUCCACCCGAGGCCAAGAAAAAAGGCCAAAAAUCUUUUCAUCUGAUUGAUUGCUUUCUAUUUGGAUGGUUCAUAGCUGGCAAUGUAUGGAUAUAUAGAGUAUAUAAUGAUUUUAAUGCCACUGACCCCACCAGUAGUUACUAUUGUGAACCCACAUUGUAUUACUUUGCCUUCUGGUUGACCACAGCAACCUACAUCUUGAUUGGCUCCAUGUGCUUCUGUAUUUGUUGUGGUAGCUGUCUAGCCUUCUGUUUUAGCUAAAGACAAGUUGGUACAGCUCAACUUAAAUCUGUUUCAGCUAAAAUCAGGCAACUUUUGAUAAUGUGUAAGUUUUUUAUUUUCUCAGUGCAGGAAUCCUUGAAAUUUCAGUAAUUUCUCUAAAUAUCGUACUUAUUUCUGAU